AUGAACGAUGCUUCUAUGCCUGUCGGCUCAGACACCGAAUCUGAAACCUCCGUCCUCGUUCCGUUUGUACUUUUGAAGAGAAUCACAACGCUACCGUUGAUGCCGACAGACAUUUUGAUGGCGGUCCAGCUCACUGUUAGGAAGCAGCAGCUCUGGCACAGCGCCUUAGAGUUGCUUGGAGAUCUCCACUAA